CUUCAUUUCAUUAUCAGUCGCAAGACGACUCGAAGCGCUUUGAUAGCGCGGCUAUUGACUAGCCAUCAUUCUUUUCCUCACAUAGAUCUCGUCCUCCAAUAUCAACCAUCAUCAAAGCAGCUACCUACCUAAUCGAGGAUCUCAAAAACAAAACAAUCGAGGAUAUGAUGAAGACAUCACGAAACAAGAUGAUAGCUUUAGUACUCGUCCUAGCUGCCAUGACGACCGCUAAACCGAUACUCAAUUAUCCUAUGAUGGAUCAAAUGCCUUUCGUAGCGAGAAUAGGACAACCUUUCACAUUCGACCUUUUCCCUUCUUCUUUCACUUCCACCACUAAUAUCACAUAUACAACUUCGACUUUACCCUCAUGGCUCAGUUUCAGUCCUGAGGUCGAAACAUUUCAUGGAACACCUUCAGCCGUCGAUGUAGGAGAACAAACUAUAACUUUAACAGCUACGGAUGACGACGGUUCAACAAAAGAUUCUUUCAAACUUAUCGUCACGAAAUAUUCUACACCAGCUGUACACGCGGCUUUCACAACUCAAUUAGCAUCUACCAAUCUGGCAAAAAUCUCUUCCGCCACCACUUUACCCGAUGAAACUGGUGUUUCAAUCCCACCUCAUUGGUCAUUCUCUUUAGGUUUUCAAUAUGACACAUUUCGGGUUUCUAGAAACGAUCCAAAUAAUGGAGAAUUAUAUUUUUCAGCUCAUCAAAGAGGUACUAUCGGUUUACCUGAUUGGCUAAAUUUCAAUAAUGAAACAUUCACUUUCGAUGGUGUCGCACCUGCCAAUGGAAGUUAUACAAUCGUCGCUACCGGUACCGACUUUUGGGGUUAUACAGGCGCUCAAACGAGUUUCGUGAUUGAAGUGGGAGUUGGAGAUGGGAUAGAAUUGAUCAAAGGGAAGAAUUUUACAGCUAUCACUACUAUGGCUAGAGAUAAUGUAGAUUAUAAGGUUGACGUGAGUGAUUUGGUUGUUGGAGGAGCACCUGCAAAAGAUGUUGUCUUCUCCAUUGAUGAUGUUGAUUUUCCUUGGUUGAAGAUUGACAGUUCAUCCGGUAUGAUUUCCGGUAUCACACCGGACAAAUAUCAAAAUGGAACCAUCACAUCACUCUUCCUUCCACUCACUAUCGCUUCAUCCAACUCAUCAAGUACCCUCACCCUGACCACUUGGGUGGGUAUGAAUAUUAUCCCUUACUUCUUCACCGCAUACAACCUCCCAGACGCAACAGUCGCACCGGGGGAAAAGUUCUCGUUCGAUAUUUCACCAUAUGUUGCAAAUUCAACAGCGACCAUCAGUGCCAAUAGCACAGCCUCGUGGCUUACCUUCUCGGGUACAACCGUCAGCGGGACUGUACCGAAAGAUUUUAACAACGUUAUCAAUGUCGUCUUUUCUGCUACUCUCGGCGAUCUCACUUCCACGUCAACCCUCAAGAUUGAGACUCCAGGUGCUGUAGUUUCCACCACUUCAGGUUCGUCCACCCCUACCGAUAGUAGCACCAACUUGGGUUCUGGCUCGCAUCGCGGUCUUUCCAAGGCGGGCAAGAUAGCUCUAGGGGUUAUCUUCGGUCUUCUAGCUCUAAUCUUAUUACUUUUACUCCUUUUCUGCUGCUUCCGUAGACGAAAGGCUCACCAGGAAGAACGAGAAGAGAAAGAUGACGCUUCUUUUGUCGCCGCAUCUCCCAUUACCGACCCUUUCAGACGAAGUAACACCCUCGAACCUCCUCGUAACAUACUGGGUGAGAUCGCCAAGAUCUCUCUAUUCCACCACCCUGAGCCUCGUUCUCCCGAUCGACCAUCACGGAUGGAGGGGUUGAAAGGGAUAUUUGGAUGGUCCGAGAAGCCCGAGAAGAAACCCGUGGAAGAAGUAGACAAUGCUAGUUCCUUUGCCGGAUCAGGUGUGGUGAUUGGGAUUUCCGACCCUAUCGAAAGACCUUCACAAGAUGCCUCUUCAUUCACUCAAUCCUUUUCAUCCGGUUCGAGAGCUAGUUGGGAAAGUAGGGAAAGUUUUCAAUGGUCCAUGAGUGAUAAACGAUUAUCAACUCCUUCCGUCCCUAGACCAAGAGCGGAUUUCACCCCUCGGUAUCCUCGAAAUAGCUCACCAACGAGAUUAGCUCAACUCGCUUCACAACAUACCCUCGGCUCACCAGAAUUCAGCGAAUUUCAUUCUUCAGAAGAAGGAACGACAUUCCAAUCUGGUUCCUUAUCCUCAUUCGCUGGACCUGCAGCUUCUCGUUUUGGAGGAUCAGGUUUUCAAAGUAUCGAUGAAGAAGAUGAAACUUCUGGUGAAGAUGCAGUAGUAGCAAUGGCAGAAAGACAAUCGUUCGAAACUCGUCAACCUAUCGCUUCUUCAACUCCUAGACUACGACCUAGUGUUGAGAAAAUCGCUUCGCCCGAACAAAGUGGAUCAAGGAAAUCUAUCGCCAUCGAUGGAGCUUUUGAUGAUGCUGAAGAAGCUCGUCGAUCUAUGUAUACCGAUGCUUCAGCUUUAGGUUAUCCGAACUCUGAAAUCAUGUUUGGUUCACCAAUGACAAAUGAAAGAUCUUCUUUUCAACCUGAAAAUAGAAGAAUUUCAACUGUUCAUUUAGUACCUCAACAUGAAACGCCACUUUCACCACCUUUACCACAAGUUGGUUCUUUCGUAAGACAUAGAAGACAUGCUUCAGGUUCUAGACCUAUAUCUACCGAUGGAAGAUUAUACGCAGCAUCAAAUGAAACAUUCUCAAUACAUCCUCCUAUACAUCCACCUCCAAGCGUUUCACUUUCAGCUGUUACUUGGUCAUCUAAUCCACCAUCGACUUAUCGUGCGGAAUUAGAAGGUGGUGGUCCUUUACCGACUUGGUUACAUUUCGAUGCUAGGGAAUUAGAAUUAUGGGGAGUACCAGCUUUGAAACAUGCAGGGGAAGUUAUGACUGUGGUGAUUAUUGAGAAAAUGCCAAUGGAUAAAAGAAGAUCGGAUCCUAUGGCUUAUGGUUAUCAACCGAGACAAGACAGAGAAGUUGGUAGAGUUGUGAUCGAGGUUGUGGACAGGUUAAGAAGUCCUCCAUUUGGCUUGGAAGGUUCACCACAUGCUCUUUAGAGUGUGAAUUUUAUAAUGAUUUUACCACUUAGGGAAUAUAACGAAUAAUCAUGCUCAGUG